AUGCAACCUUUUGAUAGUGGGCACGAUGAUCUGGUUCAUGAUGUCGUUUAUGACUUUUAUGGUAGACAUGUGGCAACCUGCUCUUCCGAUCAGCAUAUUAAAGUUUUCAAAUUGGAUAAGGAAACAAGCAAUUGGGAGCUAAGUGACUCCUGGAGAGCUCAUGACAGUAGCAUUGUCGCCAUUGAUUGGGCAAGUCCAGAAUACGGGCGCAUUAUUGCAUCAGCCUCUUAUGAUAAAACAGUAAAGUUAUGGGAAGAAGACCCUGACCAAGAAGAAUGCUCAGGUCGUCGUUGGAACAGACUGUGUACUUUGAAUGAUUCCAAAGGAUCGCUCUACAGUGUAAAAUUUGCACCCGCACAUUUAGGUUUAAAAUUAGCAUGCAUAGGUAACGAUGGAACGCUCAGAAUUUACGAUGCUUUAGAACCUUCUGACUUGAGAUCAUGGACAUUAACAUCAGAAAUCAAAGUGCUAUCUAUACCACCAGCAAACCACCUACAGUCUGACUUUUGUCUCUCUUGGUGUCCUUCUAGAUUUUCUCCUGAAAAGCUUGCAGUAUCUUCAUUGGAGCAAGCGAUUAUUUACCAAAGAGGCAAAGAUGGUAAACUGCAUAUUGCAGCAAGACUUCCCGGUCAUAAAAGUUUAAUAAGAAGUGUAAGCUGGGCUCCUUCCAUUGGCAGAUGGUAUCAACUGAUUGCCACAGGUUGCAAAGAUGGUAAGAUUCGCAUUUUCAAAAUCACAGAAAAGUUAUUAGGUGCUAUGACUUCAGAGGAGUCUUCUAGCAACUCAAACUUAUUCGACAACGGUACUGAUGUCGACAUGGAUGGACAAAUAAGGCCAAGUUCAAACAACGAAGAGAAGGGCGAACUACAAUCAAGCUUGGAGGUUGAACUAUUAAGUGAACAUGAUGACCAUAACGGCGAAGUCUGGUCUGUGUCUUGGAACUUAACAGGUACAAUACUAAGUAGCGCUGGCGACGACGGGAAGGUGCGUUUAUGGAAAGCAACCUAUUCGAAUGAAUUUAAGUGUAUGUCUGUAAUUACUGCCCAACAAUGA